CUCUCUCUCUCUCUCUGCAACUCUCUCUUUGCCUUAAAGAUGAAGAAACAAUCUAUAUCUCCAUAGCACAAAGUCUAUAACGCAAAUAAAAAGCGAAUAAAUUAAAUAAAUAAAUAAAAUAGAAACGAAAAACAAAUGUUCUUCGCUUUUCUGUAUCAUGCCAUGUGAGUUCACUGACACAUUCUCUUCUUCUUCUCCUCCUCCUCCUUCUUUUCUUCUCUUCAAUCGUUCUCUCAUUUGCCGACGCGCUGAGUCGACUCAAGUCAAUGGCGUCUUCCUCACGAGCUCGUAGCAGUUCACCUUUCUCGCACCGUAAGCCUUCGAGUCCGUAUUCCUCAACCUCAUCCUCCUCUUCGUUCAUGAACAACCGUCUCAUGCCUCGCUCGUGCUCGUCCUCUGCUUCUUCUUACUUCAAUUCGGGGAACGGAUUCAGUUCCCGAUCCAUGACGCCGAAUCGUUCACGUUCCGAGUCAAUGUACCCCGCUCCGCGCGGUUACAGUGCACGCGCAGCACCACCGGUGAGCUUCCCCUCAGAGGAAUUGAUCACCGAACCGUUCGAUGCGCCGCAAAGGUCCGGCGAUAGCAUUUCCGUCACGAUUCGGUUUCGGCCGUUGAGAGAGAGGGAGUUUCAAAGAGGAGAUGAGAUCUCAUGGUACGCGGAUGGGGAUAAAAUUGUGAGAAAUGAGUAUAAUCCAGCAACUGCUUAUGCAUUUGAUAGAGUUUUUGGACCGCAUGCGAAUUCACAGGAGGUAUAUGAUGUAGCUGCAAAGCCUGUAGUCAAGGCUGCAAUGGAAGGUGUUAAUGGGACUGUUUUCGCAUAUGGUGUUACAAGUAGUGGGAAGACGCACACUAUGCAUGGAGAUCACACUUCUCCUGGAAUUAUACCAUUGGCCAUAAAGGAUGUGUUCAGCAUCAUCCAAGAUACUCCAGGAAGUGAGUUCUUACUCCGUGUGUCAUAUCUUGAAAUCUACAAUGAGGUGAUAAAUGACUUACUUGAUCCAACGGGUCAAAAUUUGCGCGUCAGAGAAGAUGCUCAGGGCACCUAUGUUGAGGGGAUAAAAGAAGAAGUGGUCUUGUCUCCUGGGCAUGCACUUUCUUUCAUUGCAGCUGGAGAAGAACAUCGUCAUGUUGGCUCAAAUAAUUUUAAUUUGUUCAGUAGCCGCAGUCACACCAUAUUUACACUGAUGAUUGAAAGUAGUGCCCACGGUGAUGAAUAUGAUGGAGUGAUAUUCUCUCAACUGAAUUUGAUCGAUCUUGCUGGAUCCGAAAGUUCAAAAACUGAAACAACUGGAAUAAGGAGAAAAGAAGGAUCUUACAUAAACAAAAGCCUUCUAACUUUGGGAACUGUAAUAGGAAAGUUGAGUGAGGGGAAGGCAUCUCAUGUUCCCUAUAGGGAUUCCAAGCUAACUCGUCUUCUCCAGUCUUCUCUGAGUGGACAUGGACAUGUUUCGCUUAUAUGUACGGUUACUCCUGCAUCAAGUAGUAUGGAAGAAACUCAUAAUACACUGAAGUUUGCAAGCAGGGCAAAGCGAGUGGAAAUCUAUGCAUCACGUAAUAAGAUUAUUGAUGAGAAAUCAUUGAUAAAGAAGUAUCAGAGAGAAAUUUCAACCCUCAAGCAAGAACUUGAUCAACUGAGGCAGGGAAUGCUUGCUGGUAUUAGUCAUGAAGAGAUUCUGACCUUAAGACAAAAGUUGGAAGAAGGUCAAGUGAAAAUGCAGUCAAGAUUGGAGGAGGAAGAGGAAGCCAAAGCUGCUCUUAUGAGCAGAAUCCAAAGGCUAACUAAGCUUAUACUUGUUUCUACAAAGAAUACAAUCCCUGGAUUAAGUGAUGUGCCGAGUCAUCAACGGAGUCAUUCUGUUGGUGAGGAUGAAUUGGAUUUGUUGCGAGAGGAGAAGGACUCAACAACUACUUCAGCACUUCCAUUAGACAUGUCUCAUGAUUUUAAACAUCGAAGAUCAUCAAGCAAGCGGAAUGAAGAAUUCUCACCAGCAAGCAGUACAGUUACUGAAUCAACUCAAGCGGGUGAACUUAUCAGUGGCUCAAAGCUUCCAGCAGGUGGGAUGACAUCGGACCAGAUGGACCUACUUGUUGAGCAAGUAAAGAUGCUUGCUGGGGAGAUUGCAUUCAGCACCAGUAACCUGAAACGCCUGAUGGAUCAGGCUGCAAAUGAUCCUGAGAACUCAAAAGUUCAAAUCCAGAACUUGGAACGAGAGAUCCAAGAAAAGAGAAGGCAAAUGCAGGCUUUAGAACAACGCAUAAUUGAGAGUGGAGAGGCUUCAAUGGCUAACGCAUCAAUGGUCGAUAUGCAGCAGACAGUUAUGAGGUUGAUGACCCAAUGUAAUGAAAAAGGUUUUGAGCUGGAGAUAAAAUCAGCAGAUAACCGUAUUCUUCAGGAACAACUUCAGAAUAAGUGUUCUGAAAACAAAGAAUUGCAAGAGAAGGUGAAUCUACUAGAGCAGCGGUUGGCUUCAGUGACUAGUGAUAAAUCAUCUGGAUCUUCUGAACAGGGUGUCUCCGAUGAAUAUGCUGAUGAGUUGAGAAGGAAAGUUCAAUCACAGGAGAUUGAGAAUGAGAAACUAAAGCUUGAACAUGUGCAACUUUCUGAGGAGAACAGUGGACUACGUGUGCAGAACCAAAAAUUGGCUGAAGAAGCUUCUUAUGCAAAGGAACUUGCAUCUGCCGCUGCUGUUGAGCUGAAGAAUUUGGCUGGUGAAGUGACCAAGAUCUCAUUACAGAAUGCAAAACUAGAAAAAGAAUUGCUGGCUGCUCGAGAAUUGGCACAUUCUAGAGGUGCUGCUGUGCAAACAGUUAAUGGUGUCAACCGUAAGUAUAGUGAAGGCACAAGACCUGUGAGGAAAGGCCGCCUUUCUGGGAGGUCUAAUGACAUUUCAGGGACGAGCUUUGAUGACUUUGAUGCUUGGAAUCUUGAUCCAGAUGAUUUAAAGAUAGAACUUCAGGCAAGGAAACAAAGGGAAGCAGCACUUGAGGCUGCGUUAGCUGAAAGGGAAUUCCUAGAAGACGAAUUCAGGAAAAAGGUUGAAGAGGCCCAGAAAAGGGAGGAAGCUCUGGAAAAUGAUUUAGCAAAUAUGUGGGUGCUUGUUGCUAAGUUAAAGAAAGAAGGAGGUGCUAUCCCAGAGUUAAAUAGUGUUGAGAGGCAUAGCAGUGGAGAGGAUCAUGUCAGUGAUCCCAAAGCAACUGACAUUGAUGGUAACACUGUCUCGAAAGAGAGGCAAGUUCUGAUUGAGGUGCCAAAACCAGCUGAUGAAAUUCCCAAGGAAGAACCCCUGGUAGCUCGGCUGAAGGCAAGAAUGCAAGAGAUGAAGGAAAAAGAGCAACAAAACCUGGGAAAUGGAGAUGCCAACUCCCACAUAUGUAAAGUUUGUUUUGAAUCACCAACUGCUGCAAUUCUUCUUCCUUGCCGGCAUUUUUGUUUGUGUAAAUCUUGUUCGCUUGCUUGCUCCGAGUGUCCAAUUUGUCGUACAAAAAUUUCAGAUAGGCUUUUUGCAUUUACUUCUUGAAAAUGCAGAUUUAUUCCCUAAAAAAUGAAGAGUUUCUUAUCCUCUAUCUCUUUGCAAUUUACCGUGCAAUAGCGGGUGCAAUUCUUUCAUUACUUUGCUUGUAUGUAACUGUCUAAAAGGUAUAUCAAUAUUCAAUAGUUUGUUUGUGCACCUCUCCCCUGAGGUUGUAAAAUAAUGGGGAAUCAAAGGUUUUUUUUUUUUUUUUUUUUUUUU